UCGUCUAGUAGGACUACACUUGAAACAUUUCUCGCAUACCGACGGUCGAAUCGGCUGUGCACUGUCAAUGGCUCGCAUCGGAGUGCUGAUAUUGGCUCUGGCCAUCGGACUGAUGUGCAUUCAAGGCAGUGAAGGCUGGAAACGUCGCCGCCGCCGCCGUAGCAGUGGCCUUGCGAUUCAACAGAAUGCGGUGGAAAGGCCGGAUGGUGUCGACUCGGAAAAAGUUGAGGUUGACGCGAAAGCGAAUGAGAUUGACGUGGAAAUAGAAACGAUCAAGAUGAUGAAAGAGAAGCAGAAGUCUCAAACAUUGAUAUCCCUCACAACGAGACAGAGAAGAUGUGAGCGAGAGCUGCUUUCAAAUACAGUUGAACUGCUGCUAGUGUUUUAGUGUAAUGCACGCAUGCGUAGCACUCUAGUUGAAUUGGUUGCUGAUGCUAUUUUGCUGAGUAGUGUGUUCUGCUUGUAUUAGAUGUCAUG